AAAUCGAUUUUGCGUUAUGACAUGACUAUUCACGCAUGAUCGCGAAAUUGCAUUCGUGUUACCACUGACAUCUAUGAGCCAUCAGUGGAAUGUCUGCUUAGAAGAUUUUCUAACUUGUAAAUCGCGAUUGUACAAUACAUUUUCUCACGAUGUCCCAUGCUGGUAUAUAAGGCACGGAAGAGACAGGAUCUAUAUUAAACAUUGUACACAACUACAAACAGGACAAUCAUAUUGCCGGUUACAGUAAGAUAUCAUUAUAUCAGAAGAUUAUAACGGAGCAUUUUCUACAGAAUGUAAAUCACUUAUCGUGGCGCCAUACAUUUAAUUUCAACACCAUCUUGCAUCUAGUAAUUACUUUUUAAGCUCAUCAGUGGAAAAAAGGAAAGAAAAGAAGGGAAAUGACUACCGGAUUGAAAACAAUGGAGUUUCUAAGAUUAGGACGACGAGUUCGUCGACGCCUAAACGCCCGAAAUGUGAGUGAUCAUCUUCUUGCCGACGGCGAGGAAAAGGAAAAAAAGGUCGCAUUGAAUAUCGACACAAAAAUGUUGAAGAUUGGAUUCAUAGGAGGCGGUAAGAUGGCUCAGGCUUUGGCCAAAGGUUUCAUUCGAGCUGGGUUGAGCAAAGGUGAAAUGAUGCUGGCCAGUUGUCUCCCGAAUGACGUGGGCAGUAUAGAUGCGUUUAAGGAAAUUGGAUCAAAUACUGUAUUUUCAAAUGCACCUGUUGUUGAUUAUGGAGACGUUUUGAUUUUAUCAGUAAAACCACAAGUUGUUCCGAUGGUCCUCCCGGAUUUAAAAAAUUACAGAAAACUUCUACUUUCUAUUGCUAUGGGUAUUCCAUUAGCGUUGCUAGAAAAGGCUGUGCCAGACGGAACACCGGUAAUCAGAGUAAUGCCCAAUACACCAGCCAUUGUAGGUUGUGGUGCUACGGUAUACGCUCGUGGAAAACAUGCCGGCGAUAAAGAAGCCGAAAUAGCAGAAAAAUUAUUUUCCUCUGUGGGUUUAUGCGAAGAAGUAUCUGAAAAUUUAAUUGAUCCCGUUACAGCUUUAGCGGGUUCAGGACCUGCUUAUGUAUAUAUGAUGAUAGAAGCUUUGGCCGAUGGAGGCGUAAAAAUGGGUCUUAUGAGACCAGUCGCGUAUAAGCUAGCUGCACAAACAGUUCUUGGUGCUGGUACUAUGGUUCGAGAUACGAAAAUACAUCCAGGACAACUUAAAGAUGAUGUAGCGUCACCAGCAGGAUCUACCAUAACUGGAAUACAUUAUUUAGAACAACAUGGAUUGAGAUCAGCUGUAAUUGGAGCAGUUGAAGCAGCAACAAAGAGAUGUAAAGAAGUUAGUUCACUUUCAGAGAAAGAUUAGAUUGGUUGAACGGUAAAGAAAGAGAUAUAGUUGAUGAAGAAAUUAAGAAACAAGGAAAGUAUUGUAGUAAUCCUUAAUGUCGUAGAAAAGAAAGUAAAUCAUAGUAAUAUUUUGCAAUCUAGUAAGUACAUUUUCAUUUGUAGUUUCAUCGUCGUCGUGUUUUAUAAGAAAUAUGUAACGUAAUUUUUAAAAAACACUUUGUAUAUUUUGUACAUAAUUCUUUUAAAUUGGUAAAUGUUAAAAUUAUUGUUGUAUGUUUAAAGCCAAGCGCUUGAAAGUAAUAGAUCUGUUAUUUUUUCAUAGUAACAUAUUUUGUAAUGGAAGUGUAUAAAAAUGUAUAUAAAUAUGUCUUGUAUUUAAUAAUAACAUUUUUACGCUUA